AUGGAUGCCGAUUUAGAGAAAAGAACUAAAGUAUCACGAGCUUGUGAUUAUUGCAAGAAAAGAAAAUUCAAAUGUUCAGGAGUGUCGCCGUGUGAAUUAUGCACAAAGAAGAAUAUACAAUGUGAGUUCAGUAUUAUUGAUCGACGCACAAUCCGCCGCAAGAAUAAGAAAAGAACCAUACAAAAUAAACCAAUAACCAAUACCGUCAUAGGAUCUCAUAAAAUUAGUAAAAAUGACGAUGAUAAUGAUCAAAUCGAUAAACAAACCUUAAAAUUGUUGACUAAGAAAUCUAAAGUACCCGAACAACUUCAACCGUUGUUAACAUUUCCAUUGCACAAAUUAGACAAUAAACUGAACGAAGAAGAAGAAGAACAAGGGGGAGACAAUGAUCACGAAAGGAGCGAGGAAGGAGAGCACCAACACAACGACCAAUCACUCCCUCCUGGGUCUAGUUCAGAGUCCCAUAAUCGUCAGAAAGUGGACAUUCAGGGAAACGAGAGCCACGGUACUAGUGAUGGAGAUCUCACCAUCAAUGCUACGGGGUUCGAUAUCACAACAACAAGCAAUGAUAGAGUUCACAAAGUUAAUCAACAAUCAUCACCAAUGCCAAAGAAAAUAGUUAUCGCAAGAGAACGUUAUCCUCCUAAAGUAUUAUAUGAUGGCGAAGGUAACUUGAGGUACUUUGGAGAAAGUUCACCAUUGUCCUUUCUUUUCCAAUGUCGGAAUGUUUUUGUUGAUAAGAUCGGGGAUUCAAAUUUCACACUAGAAAGCAACGAUUCCUUGGAAGUCAUUGAAGAUUCUGACGAAUCUUAUGAAAUAAUACAAGUUGCACUUCCUAGCCGUCAAAUAUUGGAUGAUAUUAUCAAGAUUUUCUAUAUGAACAUUCAACAGGCAGUCUACUUUGUAAAUAUUGAUUUCUUUAAAAGUCAAAUUAUUAAUCCUGUUUAUGAAAAUUAUAGCGACUGCACACCAGGUAAAAUUGCCCUUGUCAAUCUAGCCAUUGCUGUUGGAUUACUAUACGCUGAAAACACAAACGAUCCAUUAGUGAACCUUUUGCAAUCGCCAACUAUGCAGUCAUCAGCUUAUUUUGAAUUUGGUUUCCAUUUAGCUAAAAAACAUAUGACAAAAGGUGAAUUAUGGAUAACAGAAGCAUUUGCCUUGGCAUUUUGUUAUUACACUUCUAAACAGCAACGUAAUUCUGCUUGGCUAAUGUUGGGCAUGGCAAUUCGUAAUGCACAAGCAUUAGGAUUACACCGAAAAUUUAUAAAUGAAUCAUUUAGAGAUCACAAUUAUAGGACUCAUCGAAGAAGGUUAUUUAAAUCCUUAUAUAUGUUAGACCGUAUUAAUUCUGUAUUACUUGGUCGUCCAUUGAUCAUUGAUGAUUAUGAUUGGGAUGAUUUCGAUAGUGAAGAUAUUUACGAUCUUGAUGCUGAAGGAAACCCAAUAAAAGAUCCACGAUUUGAAUGCAUAAUACAAGCGUGCAAAAUAUCAAAAUUAGCUGGGAAGGUGAUACGAAACUAUUAUUUAGAUGGAAUAAUCAAUGCCUAUAAAGCAGAAAAAUUGGCAAUAGAAUUGAAGUUGUGGUCACUCAGUUUACCUGAACCGCUUCAAAUUGAUAAAAUCUUUAGGCCAGAAACAGUCAAUAAAAUGCCAUUAUUAACUAUGCACUUGUCACAAUUAUAUUCAAUUGUAUUAUUAUGUCGACCAUUUUUCAUGUUUGUUAUAUUGAAUAAAAAACACAAAAAGCAUUCCACCAAGAAAGCUAAUGGAGAAAAUUUACAAAAGAGACCCAAAACAAGAUUAGAAACGUCAAUGUGUAAUUUUUGCAAGGCAACCACCAAGUCAUCUACUUUGAUUAUUCAGAUGGUUGAAAAUUACAUAAUCUCAACUAAUAGGUUGAAGUCAGCAAGAGCAGAACUGAAUGGGUUGAUACAUACUUGUUUAAUGGCUAGUUUAAUUGUUGGCUUAUCGAUUUUAUUUCUUGAAAGUAAUGGAUAUAGUAUUGAUGAUGGAUACUCAUCGAGUCAGUUAAUGAAAUAUUUGAAUUCAUCAAAACAGAUUUUCAAAUUUUUCGAUAGACUGAAAAAUGCAUUAUCAAUGAAAUUUCAUAAUAUAAUUGAACAAAUGCAAUUAGCAUUGAUGAAUAAAUUCAAUCUUGAUUACAAUGGUGAUAAAAUUAUUAAUUCUCAGGAGAGUCAAAACCAACAAAGACAACAUGGACAUGAUACAUUACCACAAGCACAACAAGCACCACCAGCGGUACCACCACCACCGCCACAUCAACAAACACAACCUAGUAACAACAUGACAGCAAAUUUUAACUUCAAUUAUAAUAACAAUGAUAACGCCACUAUGAAAGCGGAAAUGUUAACAAACCAACAAACUUCAUUUAAUGAAGAUUAUGAUAAAUUUAUUGAUACAUUUGGUAAUUUGCCCAACUUUUAUUCUUCUAAUCAUAAUUAUGGCAACAAAUCUAAUUCAAGAAAUAAUUCCCAUCAAUAUCAAACUAAUGGUGUUGAUUAUUAUAAUGCCAACAAUUAUCACAACAACCAAACCCCCAACCACAACCACAACCCCAAUCACAACCACAGUCACAGUCACAGUCACAGUAGCAGCAAUGUACCACAGUAUGAUGGCAAUAAUUAUAACAACCACUUGACGAACCAUCUGCCAGAAUCCGUAACUAGUUCCACGAAUUUAUCUACAUCAAGUAGUAAUUUUUCAAAUCUGACGUAUCAUCAAGAUCCAAAUAAGAAUAAUUUGACAGAUUCAUUAGAUGUAUUUAUGUAUAAUGUUGAAUUGAGUGAUAUUUUAUAUGAUGUGAAACCCAAUUAA